AUGGGCACCCCGGCGCGGAAUUCCAUCCCCAGCCCGUCUGACUCGGAUGAGAAAAUCCAAUCAAGCACCAAGCUGCCAAGUCCCGAGACGGUGAGACCGGGCUCGACUGACCGUUCUUCUCCCAACGGUUGUGGUUCCCGGACACAGCGGUCGCGGGCGGUCGCGUGGUGCGGAGGCGCGGGGCGCUCCGACCAUGCCGCCACCCGCGCGACGCCGCCACCUCUCGCCGUGGGUGAGCCCCUCGAGUCCCCUCGCCUUCCCUUCCGAUCCACGCGCGCCGCCCGUCGCGGCGGCCCAUCGUCGGAACCGACGAAAAGUGCCCACUCUGAGAUCCCCCCAACCCACACCCGUCCCCCGCAGGUUGGCUCGCCGCCGCACGGUCCGAACCCCACGGACGCGCGCCUCGCGACGCGUGGUCGCACCGCCGAGGAGCACGAACUCGACCCGGCCUUGUUCGAGCGCGCGGCGGUCCGCGGCGCGCGCGCGCGAAGACGCGAUGACGACGACGCAUCGCGAGGAGGAGAGAGCGACGCCUCCGAGAGGGACGACCGCUCCGUGCUCAACGACCCGGCGGGUUUCUACCCGGAGGAACCCGCCGCGCGCCGGGCGUACGGGCGCUUACUCAGGCACCGGGCGGACGCGGAAGAGCGCGCCAGGCGCCACGACGAGGAACACGACACUCGGACCCCAUCCCUGACCCCAUCGGAUGACGAACGAGCUUUGUUGGAAUCCGUGACCAACCAUCUCGCGCACCGCGGCGUUCCGGGAAGGACCGUCGGCGAAACCGCGGCGGCGGCGGCGAGGACGCGAGCAGCUAAGGCCAACGUCGCGGAAACGGCGGCGUUCGUCCGAGCGGCGGGGGGAACCGCCGGUGUCGGCGGCGUCGCGACGGAUGCGAUCGCUCCGUCAAACUCCGGCGACGACAAAUUCAACGUAUACGACGGCAACCGGCGCGACCUCUCGCACCUCCGCGGGACGCUUCGAAGGAGGGACGACGUCUGGGUGACGUUCACGAAGAUCAAAGAACAGGUCGAGGCGGUGCUGGCGGACCCUGAGGCCGUCAGGUGUCCGCACGUGGUGGGAACCGAUCGAAACCAAUGGCGACGCGCGCCGCACGUCGCGGUGUCCGAACGGGUCGCUCCUUCCUCGCGUCUGGAAAUGUCUGGAAGAAGUUCUGGAGCUCCAUCUUCCGUGAUCGCGAGGGGAGGGUCCGUGCGCCGGAAGGUGUACUGCGCCGAGUGCUGGGAGAAGAUGGAGGUGAAGAGGGCGGCGUCCGUGGUGCGGUGCGCGGAUUGCGGCGAUCGGUUCCCGCUGAGUAAAACGGCGCCGUUCCCGGUGCGGCGAACUUUAGGCUCGUCGGCGGGCGGGGAAGAUAUCGUCGACGUGUGCUUUCUGUGCGCCCCGGGGUGGGAGCCGAGGCGGGCGGAGAAGGCCGCGCGCCGGGGGCUCGCGAACGAUCCGGCGCGGUGGAACGCCGAGGAUGCCGCCGCGGACGCCGCCGCCGCGGAGCUCAGGGCGAUGCCACGCGCGGAUCGCCUGCGUUUAUUGCACGCGACGCUCGGCGGACGGAUGACGAGGACGGGGUCGAAGAAGAAGAUGAAAAAGGACGACGGGGACGAGGACGAUGAUGACGAUGAGGAGGAGGAGGAGGAGGAGGACGGCGCGGAGGCUGCGCUCGAUCGUCGGCUGCGCGACGGCCCCGACUUGUACCCCUGGCAGGUUGGCCACCCCGCGCAGGCGAAGACGCGCGAUAAUCGAUCGUCCGACGCGGGAUCCAUCGACGCGCCCCCGGCGACGAUCGGCGCCACCGCGGUGGAGGGAGUCGCGCGCGCGCAGGACGAGUCGUGGGCCGUCGCCGGAGCCGACGUCGUCGCUCGCGGCGCCCCGGGCGCGAGGACACGAAUGCUCCCGAUUGAUCGCUUCAACGCUUCAACAGUCUCCGAGAGAUGUUCGAGCUCGCCGGAGGCGCCCGACGUCGCCGACUUUGCCGAACGGGCGAUGCGGCGGGCCAUCGCGCUCGACGUCGAGGUGGAGGCGGGACCCGCCGAGGUUGAACUCGACGCGAAGGCUCGCGACACGUUCGUGCGAUCGCUGAUGGAACGCCACGAUUUCCAACUCGACGCGGAGGGCGCGAGGCGUUGCCUCGAGACGGUCGAGGACGCCGCCGCCGCCGCCGCUCGCGCCGCGAUGGGCGACCUGCUCGUAAACGCCACCGGACCCAUAAGCGAAGAGGAAGUCCUCGCGGACGCGCUGCGCAGGUUCAACGACGACGCGGAGGCGGCGGUGGCGGAGGCGGCUCGAGUCGCCGGGGAGAUAACAGCAGCGGAGUUCAAUAAACGCGCUGAAGUGGACGCCGCGGAGGAGGAGGAGAGGGCUCUCGCUCUGGACCGCCAACGGCUGGAGGACAUCCUGGGCCGCGACGGCGGGCUGCGGCGGUACCUCGCGGAGGAGGCGAGGCUGCGCGGGGACCCGGCCGACGCGUACGGUGGCGAGCUCGACGCCGACCAGUCACCGCCCGACCAGUCACCGCCCGACCACCGCGGCGUCGGGGAGCAGGGGAGGGGGGACGACGAUAACUUCUGGGCCGACGUGGACAUCGAGGACGAGGACGCGGACCGUUUACUCACCGCCGAAGAACGAGAGGAACGCGAGCGGGAGGACCGGGAGAGGAAACGGAGGGAGGCGCGCGAGGCGGAGCGCGCGGCGGCGCGCGCGAAGCUCGAGAAAUGGGCCAGCAAAGGGAUGGACUUUGGGGACUACGGCGACGACGACGACGACGCUCGCGACGUCGCGAGGAAGGAAACGGAAGGAGAGGCGGGGGACGAGGACGAGCCGGGGGCGAGGGCGAAGGCUACGAAAAAGUCGCCGACGAAAAAGUCGUCGCCGAUGCGACCCGUGCGGGCGCCGCCUCCCCCCGUUCGCGCCGAGUCGCCGCCACCCGGUGAGUCACCGCUCGAUGUCGUCUCGGAACGGCCGGGCGAGAACGAGGCGUCGGCGGCGAACGUCGAGGCUCCAAAGCCGGUGAAUAAGUGGAAGAUGGCGCUCGCGGCGAUCGUCAAAGGGGACGAGCCAGCGAAAGAGAAGAGGAGGCGACGAAGGAGGAGAGCGGCGGGUGAGGCGACGAAGGCGGCGUUGACGGACAUGUUCGCGCGCGCAGUCGCUCGCCGCGAGAUUGAUCGCGACGACGACGACGAAAAAGAAACGAACGGCGGCGCCGGCGCGGUGGAGGUGGACGCGGUGCACGUCCCGCCGCACCCCAAGCCCCGAGGCGGCGACGGCGGCGGCGUCGUCGACCACGACGCGGGAAUGGACGGAGUCACCAUCCCGCUCCGGGAAUCUUUGCGCAAGAUGGCGGCGGAACCCGCGGAAGAAGAUCGCGCGGCGUCCAGGACCGAGCGGCGCGGGGACUCGGCGCGGGUCGAUCCGACGUACGCAUCGACGCGUGGCGGCGGCGGCGAAGGAGUCGGCGGGUGGUCGCACGCCGUCGAACCAGCCGCGUUCCACGCGGCGAGGCCCGGCGGCCGAAGGGCUCGAACGAUCGCCGAGUGGGUCGCAGAGUCGGGUCUGCGGGACGACGUUCGAGGGUCCCCGGAUCGAUCCCCGGCGAAAGCGGCGAACGCGGCGCCGAAAGAGGAAGCGGCUCGGUCGAACCUGAACCUGAUCCCAGCCCCGCUCGCCGAUCGAUCGAGCACGGACCCGCGGAACGACGACGACGACGACGGAGGCGAAAAAAACGACGACGCCAGGAUAACGUUUGAAGCGGCGGUGUCCCGCCGCGAGCGACGCGUUCGAGAGGCGCACGCCAGGCUUCGCGUGCGAACUCUUCGCGGCGGCAAAAACAACCCCCGCGCGGUAUCGAACCCCGGACCUUCGGACGACGAUUCGUUCGAGCUUCCCGACGACGGGACGCUCGCCGCGCUGCUCAGCGGGGGCCAAGUUUUGGGCCGCGUCGACGACCUCGCCGCGCGAGCCGCCGCCGCGAUUGAGGCGAACAGACCCAAGGGCGCCGGCCGAACGGAAACGACGGAUGAGCCGUUUCUUCCGACGGAUGAGCCGUUUCGUCCGACGGACGAGCCUCCCGCCGUCGCCCGGCGGCGCAUCGCGACGCUGGGUCUGCCGCCGGCGGACGGGUUCGCAUCCGCCGAGCUGGCUCGCGCCGACGGGGACCCGAAGGUUUCUGGUUCGAUACCGCGCUCGCCCGCGGAGAGAUGGAUCGAUCGGCACGGCUCGCGACGGACCGUCCCGAAGCUCGUCGCGGGCGCGCCCGUCGUCACCAGUGCAGGCGACGCGUCGGUUCGUUUGGAGGACCCGGAACGCGAGCUUCUCAUGGAGGAGGCGAGGCGGGAGAAGACGCGCCGGGUACACGAGGCGCUGCGCGCUCGCGCGCGACGCAUGCGCGAUAAGGCGGCGCUCAAGGCGGACGAGGAUCUCCUCGUGAAGGGGCGGUUCAACAUCCAGACGAUCGUCCCGUCGCCCCAGACGGUCAAACCCCCGACGAGAGAGGGAACGUGGGCGCGGAAGGAGCGGGAGUACCACGAGGAGAAGGAGCGGCGGUGGAAGGAGGAGAAGAUGCGGGUGUCCGUGGCGAUACCAAUCGACGACGACGACGACGACGCCUCGGACGAUUCGGAAGGCGAGAGGAGGCAACGCGACGUCGUUUCCGCCGCGGCGGCCCGGCUGUGGGCGCUCGCCGAGGCCAACAAGCGCAAGGGCACGCGCGUCGUCGGAAGUAUCGUCGGCGACGCGGCGGACAAAGCCGUGUCCGACGACGACGACGCGGCUCCCGCGGAUAGCCCGCGCCGGUCCCCGCCGCGUAUCGCCCCGUGCACGAUGUUCGCGGCGGACGAGUUCGCGGCGGAGGCUGGGUUCGACGUGGGGCCGCCGGUGACCCCGGAAACGUCUCCGGAGAGGGAGGGGUCGGCGGGGCUGGUGGCGGUUUCACGCGAGGUUUCACGCGAGGGUCCCGGUGAGUCACCGGGCGGUGAGUCACCGCCCCCCUCCGAAGCUUCCCCGUUCGCGGGAACGGACUCCGAGUCGGGCGCGGGCGCGGAGAAUAGGGAGGUCGAGGGCCACGCACGCGAGGGCCACGCACGCGAGGGCCACGCCGAGGACGACGACGAGAAGUGGUUCUCGCACCUUCUCCCGGAUCGCGACCGACGGGGAUCGACCGUCGAACCACCUGAGCCCGUCGCCGCGCCGACGCCGCCCCGCGCGGUCGUCCGCGGCGUGGACGCGCCGGAAGACACGUCCGUCGAACGGGAAGCGACCGACGAAUCGUCAUCCCCCACCGCCGCCGACGCCGGGGAGACGCGAGACCGGAGCGAGGAACCGACCGAGUCCGCGGCCACGACCGAGAUCGAGGAACCGACCGAGCCUGCGGCCGAGAUCGAGGAACCGACCGCGGCCGCCGAGACCGAGUCCGAGGCUAGGAUACGCCUGAUCAGGGCGCGCGUCGACAUGGUCCGCGUCGACGCCAACCGGCGCGCGCGCCUCUCCCCUCGGUCGCGACGAUCCGCCUCGAACGCCGCCGAUCUGUGGGCCGACUUUGAGGAUGACGUCCGCGAUCGGCGCGUCGUCCUCGCGGGUUCGUACGCGUUCGUCGAUGUACCGUACGACACCGUCGCGGGCCCGAGGGUGAGCCGAAAGGCGGUGCGGACGGUGACGGCGGCCAUCCGCGUCGCCGUCGCGGAAGCCGCCGGCGUGACGCUCAGACGGGGACAAUCAGCCGGCGACGCGUUGGCGAUGACCGGCGGGAAAGAAGAAGACGACGACGACGACGAUCGGGUUCGGAUCGUGGGGAUCAGCGAGGGCAUCCCGCCGGAGGACGUGGUGACGACCGGCUCGAGGGACGGCCAGACGCCCGCCGACGCCGAUCGGUUCGGAAAAUGCUUCGUCGCGCAUUUCGAGCUCGAGCUCGAGGACCCGCGCGGAAAAAAAUCGGGCCAAUCGGGCGGUGACAGGUGGUCCGCGCUCAGGACUAUGCACGCCUCGUUGGUGGACGCGUGCGAUCUUUCCGGGAAGAUACCGGGCAUGGGUCGCGGCGCGCUGGUCGUCCGCGGCGCGGGCGACCCGGGGGCGUUCCCGCCCCCCGCGCCGCCGCCCCUUGCGCGCAUAAUCGACGACGACGACGACGUUCGCUGGGCCGCGGUCAAGGAGAUGGCCGAGCCCCCGGAGGACCCAGACGCGCCGCCCGGGCUCUCGAGGGACGCGACACGCGACGACGCGGGAGGAGUCGCGCCGUGGGAGUACCGCCCGCUGCGCGCGCUCCUCGGAAAGCCGCCCGUCGCGUCGUCCGCGGAGUAUUAUGAGAAAUAUCCCCACUCGGUGCCGUGGGGCGUACACCGCGAACGGGCGCCGUACGAGCCGAGGUACGUCGCGCCGUCCCUCGACGACGCCAUGGACAAGCUCGUCCGCGUCACCGACGCGCACGCGAGGCGCCUCGCGGACGACGACCGUUACAAACCGUUACAAACGUCUGAACCGUCGGAAGCCGAGUCGCGGGCGCGCGAGCUCGAGCGAACGCUCCGCCGAGCCGCCGCCGACGACGACUUCUUCUCGGGCGGGGGGGAGACGGUAUCCGCCGCCGCCGCGGCUCGCGGGCGCCGCUCGCUCGCGGAGCUCGACGCGGAUGCGGCGGCGGCGGCGCGGGACCUGCGCGCGUUCGACGCCGGGGCUGGCGCGCGAAAGGCGGCGCGUGAGAAUGUCAUUCACGGGUCGAUCCAACGCGAGAGUUUGGAAGGUACGGAUCCGUACUUAGUCGCUCCGGGGACGCUCCCGACGGCGACGCGGCGGACGCCGCUGUGGGACAUGGGCGAUCUCUCCAACGUGGACGACGCGUACGACUUGGAGUACGUGAACCCGCGGCAGAUGCGACGCGGGUUGGGAGGGGCGGCGACGACGAAGACGAAGGCGGAUUUGAAAGCGGGGAACGAAUCAGACGAAAACGACGAGUACGUCAAUCCGCGGCUCUCGAGGCUCGGCUCCUCCUCCGCGAGGUCCGUCGCUUGA